AUGCCAGAAUCCACCCAGUCCCGAGCUGCAAAUGACUUCCGCAGCGACACCUUCACGACGCCGACACCGGCCAUGCUGGAGGCCAUGGCCAACGCUACCUUUGGCGACGACGUAUUCGGUGAAGACGAGACGACCAACGGCUUCCAGGAUGAUAUUUCCCGGCUGACGGGCAUGGAAGACGCCCUGUUUAUGCUAUCAGGCACCAUGGGCAACCAGAUCGGCGUACGCAUCCAUCUCGCCCAGCCCCCGCACUCGAUCCUGUGCGACCACAGAGCCCAUGUCUACGCCUCGGAAGGGUCUGGACUAGCUGUCCUGUCCCAGGCCAUGGUGAUGCCAGUCCACCCGAAGAACGGGCUAUAUCUUACCGCCGAGGACGUUGAGAGAUCCGCCAUCCUGGGAGACGACAUUCACAUCGCCCCGACAAAGGUCAUCUGUCUGGAGCUGACGAUCGGAGGUGUCCUCACCCCGCUCGAGGAGAUAGAGGCUAUUGCGAAAUUCGCUAGGGCCAACGGCAUCAAGAUCCACUGCGACGGCGCACGGCUCUGGAACGCCUCGGCUGCGAGCGGCCACUCACUCAGCGACUACUGCCAGUACUUUGACAGCGUGUCUAUGUGUGUGUCAAAGGGCCUCGGCGCACCGGUGGGAGGUGUGCUCGCCAGCACAAAGAGUGGUAUAAGACAGGCUAGAUGGCUGAGGAAGCAGCAGGGAGGCGGAAUCAGGCAGGCUGGGGUAUUGACGGCUGCCGCACGUGUUGCGUUGGAACAGGUUUGGCCGACUAUGAAGGAGACGCAUCAGAAGGCUAAAAGGCUGGAGUCCGAUUUGGCCAAAUUGGGUGUGGUGCCCCAGCUCCCGGUCGAUACAAACUUCUUCUUCAUCGAUGCCGAGAAAUCGGCAAUCAAUAUGCCAGUUUUACUGGAGAAGUGCAAAAAGCACGGUGUUAAACUGGAGGGUCAGCGUAUCGCCCUGCAUCACCAAAUCACCAAUGAGUCGAUCGAUAAGCUGAAGGCUGCUAUAGCCGAGGCUGUUGAUGAGACGAGAAGUCUGCCAAAAGAUGGUACUGAACCGACUCUUUCUAGAGGUUAUUUGAGUAAUACUUUAUGA